CUUCAGAGCAAACGGCGAAGCAACAGAAAGACAGUUCGAUGAACGAGGCCGUCUCUGGUUGACGAUGGGCGCAACCCAAUACGCGUUGUCAAGUCUAGGUACAAAGAAUAGUCUGAGUCUUUAUUUGUUCUACGAGUACCCUUGUCCAGUCGUCGACUUGCUUGUGUUUGCAGUUACUACUUACCUAGUCAUAAUGGUGCCUCUGACAGUAUCUAACUUCUAGUCAGGUCUAAGAGCCGCAGGUUAUGCAGGAAAUACCCCACCUGCCAUGUUGUCCCGCCAGCUCGAGUGAUCAAUAAUAAUUAAUCGAAUGAUGAGAAACUGUG